UUAGCUAGAAAUAAAACAGUAUCUAUGCAGUAAUCGACGGUGUAGCAUUUAAUUUUGGAGUUAAAUAACGAAAUGUUUCAUGUUUUCAUUUGACGAAUAGUGUAUCUUGCUAUUGGUUUUGUAGGCUUGUUAGUGAUUACAAUCUGUGAUUUAAGUGACCUAUUGUAGAUAUAUUUUGAAUCGACUUAGAAAUGAUUCGGUCUUCUUUGAAAACCAGCUGAUUUCUAUAAGUAUCAUGUAGAAUGCUUUUUAUUAGGACUGAAUGAUAUAUGUAAUAUUAUCUGUAUUUAUAUGUAUAUGAUUGCUCAAAAUGGAUUGGUCUGCUGGAGAUUUAGUGUGGUUUGAUCCUGGCAUGGGUCACCCAAUACCUGGAGAAAUUCUUGAAGUACAUCGUGCAGCCCAAGUUAUCAUUGUUCAAGCUCUCAUCAAUGGAAAGCAUCAAACUUUCACUCUCAGUCCUAGCGAGGGUAAUUUUCGUCCACGCCAAGAUCUUGGAACAACCGGAGUAGAAGAUAUGACUCAGCUUGAGGAUCUCCAUGAAGCCUCUUUACUUUGGAAUCUGAAGUUACGUUAUGAUAACACCUUAAUAUAUACUUACGCUGGGAGUAUAUUGAUUUCAGUUAACCCAUAUAAAAUGUUUGCUGAUGCGUAUGGUAUAGAAAUCGCCAAAAUGUAUUCUGGAAAGUCACUUGGCACACUUCCCCCGCAUCUAUUUGCAAUUAGUUCUGCUGCUCACGCUGCUCUACCAUCACCACAAGUGGUUGUUAUUUCCGGUGAAUCGGGAUCAGGUAAAACAGAAUCAACCAAACUGGUUAUGCAAUAUUUGGCUGCAGUAGUUCCAGGGGGAGGAUCAGCAUCUGCCGUUAUAACAGAACAAAUAUUAGAGGCUGCACCACUGUUAGAAGCAUUUGGUAAUGCUAAAACUACGAGAAAUGACAAUAGUUCAAGAUUUGGAAAGUAUUUAGAGAUUUUUUUCAAAUCAGGAGCAAUCAUAGGAGCAAAAAUAACACAAUAUUUAUUAGAAAAAUCUAGAAUCGUUACUCAAGCCCCCGGAGAACGAAAUUAUCAUGUGUUUUACGAACUACUCGGAGGUCUUUCGGAAACUGAUCGUACGAAAUAUGGUCUGUUAGAUGUAGACAAGUACUUUUACUUAAACCAAGGAGGAUCAGAUUGUUCUCCGGGACGUGUUGACUGGGCAUCACUUCAGAGCGCAAUGCAAGUACUAGGUGUAUCCGAAAACGAACGAGAAGGAAUUGUGAACGUGCUCGCCUCCGUUUUGCAUCUUGGAAAUAUUUAUUUUCACCGAAGACAAUUAAGACAUGGUCAAGAGGGUGUAGAAAUCGGAUCUGAUGCAGAAAUUAAAUGGGCCGCACAUUUACUCCAAAUUCCUUCAGAAGGCAUUCACCGAUCGCUUACCUCACGGAUAACUGAAACGAGAUCAGAACGAUUGUAUACACCUCUCAGUAUAGAUCAAGCUUUAGAUGCAAGAGAUGCUCUAGCUAAAGCUUUAUACUCUGGACUCUUUAAUUGGUUAGUUCUUCGAAUCAAUUCAAUUGUUCAUAAGGGAGGCACAUACGAUGCACAUCGUAUUUCAAUACUUGACAUUUUUGGUUUCGAAAACCUUGUCGAAAACUCCUUCGAGCAGUUGUGCAUCAAUUAUGCAAAUGAAAGUCUUCAGCUGUAUUUCAACAAGCAUGUUUUCAAAUUGGAACAAGCAGAAUAUAUUAAAGAACGUUUAGAAUGGAAACCACUAGAGUGGGAAGAUAACCUUCCAGUUAUCCAUCUUCUAGCAAAAAAACCAGUGGGAAUAUUUCAUUUAUUAGACGAUGAAUCUAAUUUUCCACGCGCUAAUGACCUGAGUUUUCUUGAAAAGUGUCACUAUAAUCAUGCAUUGAAUGAACUUUAUUCUAGGCCACGUAUUGGUGCACAGGAAUUCGGAGUAACGCAUUAUGCUGGACAAGUUUGGUAUUGCGUUGAUGGUUUUCUAGAAAAAAAUCGCGAUGCAUUAAAAAUGGAUGUCAUUGAAUUGCUAAGCUCUAGCACCGAACCACUUGUUGGUGAAAUGACUAAACAGUUGAGAGCACAGCGAGACAUAGGUAAAACUUUGCCCAGAGGAAUAAACGGCAGAUUUGUUACUAUGAAACCUAGAACACCUACCGUUGCGGCGAGAUUUUCUGAUUCUUUACAGCAACUACUGCAAUCAAUGGCCAAAUGCAAUCCGUGGUUUGUUAGAUGUGUUAAACCUAACAAUGACAAGCAAGCAUUACGAAUGGACAUGCCAUGUGUUUUACAGCAAUUGAGAUAUUUGGGAAUGCUUGAUACUAUUAAAAUACGACAAUGUGGUUAUCCAGUUCGACUGAGAUUCCAACAUUUUGUUGAACGAUAUAAACAUAUGCUAAAGAUGCCAUUACCACGAGGAACACCAUACCGUGAGCUGAGUCGUUUUGUAUUAGAUUUAUUGGCCGGAACAAAUAAUGAGGGACCAGAUUUUCAACUUGGAGCUACGAGAGUAUUUUUAAGAGAGGCUUUACAUCGUACAUUGGAAGGAAGUAGAUCUGAUCGACUACGUGUAGCAGCAAUAACUAUUCAAAAACAUGUCCGGGGAAUGCUUGCGCGAAAGCGCAUUCAACGUCGUAAACGAGGAGCAGUUGCGAUUCAAAAAUUAUGGCGCGGAUACCGAGAACGAAAAAAAUUUCUUUCCUUAAAAAAAGGUGUUGUCAAAGCACAGGCAUUGUACCGAGGACAUGCCCAAAGAAUCCGUUAUGCGAAACUAAGAAUAGAACUGACACGACGCCGAGAUAUAGAACGGAUUAAUAAAGAACGUGUUGCACAGAACCUUGCAAAAGAGCAAGUAGAACGAAAUUCUUCAGCAUACCUGGAUAUUCCGGCCGAACUCGUGUUCAUAUUUUCCAAAUCUGAGUACUGGUCUGGCCAACAUAAUGAUCGCCAUUUAGUUAAAGUAGUGGGAACUGUUCCGGGCCCUCCAACUGCGUCCGAUUUACCACAUGAUUUGGAACUUUUUGCAUUUGGAAAAUUCAGUUCUGUAUACUGCAACGGAAUGAAAUUAUCUCCAAGGCGCGAUGCAAUAUCUACACCCUUUUUAUCUAGAGCGGCUGCUCGUGAUCAAGACUUUAAGGAUUCAAUAGCAAUAUUCAAACUAAUUUUACGAUGGACGUCUGAUUUCACAAUGAAUCAAAAUAAAGAAAAAAUAAUGGCAGACUAUAUCAUACAUAAAGGACUAUCCUCUAGAGGUCUUCGAGAUGAAAUACUCGUUCAAAUUUGCAAUCAGGUUUACAGAGCUGAUGAAGCAUCGUCAUACAAAUUAUGGCUGUUGAUGUCACACUGUUUGUCCGCUUUUCAACCUGGCUUGGCGUUCAGUAAAUAUCUUAUUAAAUUCAUAGUGGAUAAUGCUCCGCAAAACACAAAAGAGCAGUUAUUGAAAAAACUUCUGAGAAAUGAUACUAGCGUUCAAGCGAAUCCAUGCCGUCUUUUUCCUCCUUCUUGGUUAGAAUGGAGAUCAGCCUCAAGACUUGCUGACACUGCUUUAGGACUUAUUUUACCGGAUGGCACCAUGCAAACAGUUGCAGUAGAUUCUUGGACGACAUGCGAAGAGGCGGCUGCUUUAUCAAUUUCAUCACUAGGAAUUCCAAACCUUGGAUGGACUGUAGUAAUUGAUGAUAGAGGAUUGGUAACAGAUUCAUGCGGUCUUGAUUUUGUUUUUGAUUUAGUAUCGGAAAAAGAACUUUGUCCUGCCUUUCCAGCAGCUCGUAGUGAUCUUCUUAGAUGCGGGGAUAGAAAUACUCAAAGUUCAAUGGAAUCGGAAAUCAUUCCCAAACGCCCCCAAGUUCCUCCACCGGAACCUCCGCAUGUAAAACGCAUGUCUGAAAUACAAAUCCAAUCGUCAUUAAGAGGAUCGCCAUUAGGUGAAGAUCAUGAAGACGGAAAUGAAAUAAGACCACAGUAUACAGUUCAUAUGGAGUCUGUAGUGAGGAAAACGUCGCAUGAUGCCCGUAAAAAUAUUUUAACUGAGCGAUAUUUCGAAUCAGAAAAAUCUAAAUCGAGAUCGCUAGACGAUCUUUUGGUGACAGAUACGAACGAGAUUAGUACAAUGAACGAAUCAGAACCUGUAUUGGCAGAAGUAGAUCGGAGGCAAAAUGAUCAAUUCCAUUCAGCUAAUGAUAUCACCCCUCUGAAAGAAGCACAGCCUAGAUAUGUUAAAUCUCAAUUUGCUGGCAAACGAUCUGCUGGUUCUCAUUCAAGUAAAUAUAUUGAACGGUCGGAGAUAAGUAUACGAUCCUCUGCUAUGUCCGAUACGAGCGAGGCACCUUCUUUAGCAAGCCAUGUCAGAAGAGUGCGUGUUCCUUCACAGGCAUCUGAUGUUGAUCAGUUUCUGGAUGACUUGUUCAGUCCUGUUCUAGACGGGUCAUUAGAUGAAUUAUCCGAUGCUAGAUCACUUGCCGCUAGCAUAAAAGGCAUUGACAAUAUCAAUGAAGUUCAAAAUAAGAGCAACAUUGAAAUUCAAUACUAUCUAGAUGAUGUAUUGAAUCAAAUACAAAUAUGCGAGUGUAUAUCGCACCUGCGGAAUGAAAAGCAAAUUGCACGUAAAAUUAAGGGAGGUGGCACCGCUCAUCAAACAAAAAGUAAUGGUUCGAAUGGAUUUUCUCCUAAGUCAAACAGCUAUACUGCAUCUCAAAUCACUCCGAUUGCUCCAAUUAAUCCGAAUUCUAUUAUGAUGAUGACAUCAACUAAUUCAGACACUAAUAUGCCAGUAUUCAAUGUACCUGCAGGAAUUGAUUGCAAUGCAUAUCAACAACAGGUACAGCGGGCUUUCUUGCAAUCCGCAAUGGCUCAAAAUAUACAAAUCCAGCAACAAUUGAUAGCUCAAAACCAAGCAUUGCAGACACUUUUGACUCAACAGAAUGCUCCAACAUCUCCUGUCGCUCAAAACUUAUCCCCAAAACUAAUUGUGGCAGUAUCUCCACCAACAUCUCUUCCAUUAAAUCGUAAGACUAGCAUAAAAAAUAAAUCUGAUACAACAGCUUCAAUUUCUGAUUUACUAAGAAAUAGAAAGGAUUCAUCGUCAGCUAACUUAAUACCUCCUCCCCCCCCACCACCGCUACCACCACCAUUGGAAAUGAAAGAUCCACUUGAAGUUCGUCCAUUUCUCGAUCCUUAUGGACGUGCUAAAACUGUGAGAAUUGGAAAAUGGAGGUGGCCUCCACCACAGGAUACGGUUAGUGGAGAUGGAGAAGAAAACUUUAUACAGUUCAAAAUGAGACAAACCAAUCGUAAAACUACACCACAAUCACAAAUUAGUAGCAGUCUAGAUACUCCCAUUGGAUCACCCAAUGGGAUUGAGUGGGACGAAUUUGAAAUAGAUCAACAAAUUAAAAACAAUAUAAGCAAUGCGCAUCAAACAAGUGAUCAAAAUCAACAGAACCAAAACAAUCGCAUCACGACACGUAGUUUUGAUGUUGGGGUAGAUAGACCAUUACCUAAUAGUGUCGGAAAGCUAAAGCUUAGUAAUGAAAUGAGACAGCGUCUUGAACAAGUGACAGCUGGUCAUUCAGUGCGUUCUAGUAGCACUCGCUCCGAUAGAACUGAACCGGUACCAGCUAAACUAGAAGAUACUCGGAGAAUGAUUUUAGAGCAACAGCUUGGAGGUAUGAGUGCAUUGCAAUGUACUCCUCUUACCAAAUCUGACGCACCGUCUGUAAAAACACAAAUACUAAGAAUGGAAGCUGGAAAAAGAGGAUCAUCCGUUUUAUGGCCAACGAUACUACCGCCUGCUCCUACGGGCCCGGCUCCUCCUCCACCAAUUCGUCCGCCAAAUACGAUGCCUCCAGUACCACCACCGCCAUUAAACCCCAGCUACUCGAAGCACUUACAACUUAAUCUUCAAGAAAUUCCUUCUUUUGUUCAACGACAAGAGCGGGACACUUUCGGAGCGAAAGAUCCGUUCAACGAUUCAUGGAGUCGUUCUGAAGCAGCUAAACUUGAGUUAGUAUACGAAACGAACUUCAAGAAAGAAAUAGCACUGCAAAGAGAGAGAUCUAGAUCCCGUUCUAGAUCAAGAGAUCGCGAGAAUUUUUCUGAAUCAGUUUGGGAUCGUACAGAAGUUGAAGGCCCACCAUCUACUAACAGCGAUCGUGAAAACAAAGAACGCGAAAAACGCGAUCGCAAUUAUGAAAUGUCACAGAUACAACGAGAAAAGGAAAGUAACAAAAUAUAUCAACCAUCCCAACCAAAAGAGCGAUCUACAUCAAUGACCAGUAAUCAUCAGUCUGUAGCGACCUUCAAAACUCAUAUGGUGCAAAAAAGUGUGCAAGAAAAGGAGCGCAAAUUAUCAACAACAACGCUGUCUACAGUUACUAACGACAUGCUAGAUGGAAAUGACAUGCCUGUACACGAUCCACCCGCCCCAAUCAUGCCUUCUCCAUCUCCACCAUCGUUAAAAAAUCCUGCUGCUGCCUGCCUCACUUACAAUAAAGUGGCAUGGAAACUCCGUGUUCGAAAAGAAGUUUUUCGUCCUAGUGAGUCUGUAACUGCACCUGCUGCAUUAGACUUAUUGUUUCAGCAAAUAACUGCCGAUGUGUUUAGUAUAAACCCUUGUAUUCGUAUAUCUCCACCAGAAAAACGCGCGGCUAUAAAUUUGUUAAAUAGUCACGGUGUGAACUCAUGCGAAAACACUACUGCGCAAGUUAGAGCAAUUGUAAAACGGCAUCUUCUAGACAUGGCACGUAGUUGGCCGCUAUAUUUUACUCGCAUUUUCAUAUUAAACGGUUCACCGUCUAUUUCUGGUGGUACUCUAUUAGCUGUUUCGCAUAUCUCCAUGUAUUUAGCAAGAAAAGAGCAGGAUUUUAUUUCCGUUCAAAAAAUUAUUCCAUUCACGGAUUUGCAGAGUGUUACGACUUUACCUAGACCGUCAACCUUUCAACUUGUAUUGAAAAAUGGAGCUCGUUUAGUUCUUCAUGCACCCAAGGCAACUGCUAUACAAGGCAUGAUACAAUCCUAUCUAAUGGAAUAUCGACAGAUACAAUCUAAAGGAUCGACCAUAUCAUCUGGAGUACGGGCUGCAGCUGAGAUCCUUAACGUUCCUUUGGAACGGCUCGAAAUGUGUAAUAAUAAUUCUAACGCUCCAAAUCAGUUGUUUCCUGUCGAAAGAUCCAGCUUAUCCCCUCAAAACAUUCCAGUCUCUAAGAACUCAGUUAAUUCUACUGGGAAUUUAUAUUCUCAAGGUAACCAAAACCUACAACACGAGGACCAUGCACCAUCCCAAACCUCACUCACGAAACAUUCAUUGCUUCAGUUUGCAAUGCAACAUUUCAGAAAUGACGACGACGAAUUUAAGUCAUGCAGCAAGAAUGACAAACGUUCAACUAUACGAAAUACACAUGCUGAUAUAGUGAAAUGGCAAGGCCAACCUUUGAAGCUCCCUCUACUCCGAUUGUCAUCUGAGCUGGCUCCAUUGGCACUAGAAUGUUUUGACUGCAUACUUCGUUACUGCGGAGACUUAGUUCCUGAUCCCGAACAAACAGAAGUCAAAUGUGUCUACACUGUUCUUAUGCACUGUCACAAACAUUUGACGUUGCGAGAUGAAGUAUACUGUCAGCUGAUCAAACAAACCACUGCCAACCGUUCUUCGUGUCCAGAAUCUGCACAACGAGCCUGGCGUCUUCUAAGUAUACUAGCGGCAUAUUUUGGAUGCUCAGAUGCCUUACGCCCAUACUUGAUUGAACACCUCACAUCUGCAGCAUCGGAUCGACGAAAACCAUGCCAUGGGACGGCAGCUGUAUGCCUUACAAAUUUACGGAAAACGGCGCGGUGUGGUGGUCGUAAAAAUGUUCCAAGCGUAGAAGAAGUAACAGCAGUAUCAGCCGGACGGUCUGCUAGGAGACAAAUUUAUCGGUUACCAGGUGGAGCAGAGCGAAUUGUUAACACACGAUGUUCAACAGUGGUUGAAGAUGUCAUAUCAGAAUUAUGCUCUCUGCUGGGAAUCGAAGUCCAUGCAGAACAACAAGAAUUCUCUUUAUAUUGCAUUGUUCAAGGUGAUGCGUUCACGAUGCCACUCGCAGCCGAUGAAUACAUACUUGAUGUAACAACUGAAUUGUUGAAGUCGGGUCAACCAUUUUAUCUUAUUUUUUGCCGCUCUGUGUGGCACUUUCCCUUGAAGCGAGAUCCAGCGCCUACGCCCUUAUACGUAGAAGUACUGUUCAAUCAAGUUGCGCCAGAUUACUUGGAAGGAUUACUGUUAGAAUUGCCCAGUGGAGGAGGGCCCACACCUGACUACGUUCGUGACAUGGCACGAAUCGCUGCAAUAUUACACAGAGCUGCAGAUUUGAAUCAUUUACCAGCAAUGAAAGAAAUUAAGUUUCUUCUACCUAAGCCUGCUUUAUCAUUGCGAGAACUACGCCCCGCCCAGUGGGUUGCAUUGGUUCAGUCAGCCUGGCCAUCGAUCGCUGGCCUAAGCCCGAUUCAAGUGAAAGCACAGUUUUUAAAUGUAUUAUCCUCAUGGCCACUAUUUGGUAGUAGCUUUUUCGCAGUUAAACGAGUAUGGUCCGAAGAAAGUCCUGCUGAAGAAAUUGGUCCUAUGUGGAGAGAACUCAUCCUUGCUUUGAACAGAAGAGGAGUAUUAUUUCUUGACCCUAAUACACACGAAACAAUGCAACAUUGGUCAUUUAAUGAAGUGAUUUCAACGCGGAAGGUUCGAUCGGAGGACGGCGCACUUUUCCUGGAUAUGAAAGUUGGAAAUCUUCUCCAACAACGUGUUAUCAGGGUUCAAACAGAACAAGCUCAUGAAAUUUCGCGACUUGUUAGACAAUAUAUUUCCAUGGCUCAGGCACAGCUUCGAGAUCGUAGAGAAUAGUUUCAUCAACUUAAAUACUGGAAAACAAAUUUUAAGCACAAGUUUAUCAUGUUAAGGAUAAAAAAUGCAUUCCAAUACCACGAACAAAAUGCCACAUUUCAAUUUCUUUAAUAAACAAUAUUUUUAAAUAUAA